AUGACAUCUGACCCCAUGUCUGUAGACAGCUCAGCGUUAGAUCCGCCGCACCCCCCCGAAAGCACAGCUGACGAGCCCAAGUACGGCGGGUUUUCGCGAUUUGAGCUAGAGCUAGAGUUCGUCCAGUCUCUCGCCAACCCACAGUACCUCAACUAUCUCGCCUCGCGCAAGUUUCUUACGAACCCCGCCUUUGUCGCCUACCUCGACUAUCUGCAGUACUGGACGCGGCCGCCUUAUCUGAAAUACUUGACCUACCCCACUGCAACACUCAAGAUGCUCCAGCUCUUGCAGCAAGAGAAGUUCCGACAGGAGAUCAUUAGUCCAGAUCUUGCCCAGGGUCUGAUUGUCGAGGGCAUGAAAGCCGCCGUGGAGUGGCAUCGCGAGGGGUGA